GUGUAUGUGCAGGACUGACAUCUGUGCUGCUUUGCUUCGCUUUGCUCUGCGUUGAGGGAAGAGUCGACUGCGACUUAUUUGUAGUUAGCAACACUCGCCGUAGCAAUGGCGGUCGCUCCCAGUUCUAGUGUCAAGGAGCAAGAGAUGGACGCCGUCGACAUAGCUCUAGUGGCUCUGGUAAAGACACGACCAGUGCUGUGGGACCACAGCCUGGCUUUCGAGUGCAAGGAACGCAGGCAAGAAGCCUGGCAGGAAAUUAUUCCAUCACUGGCCAACACAUACUUAUCGGACGCGGCGAACAUUGAGAAGCGGUGGAAGCUGAUCCGUGACCGCUAUGCCCGGGAGAGGAAGAAGAUGCUGCAGACCGGCAGGACACCGAACUGGCAUUGCUGGGACCACCUUCACUUCUUGAAAGACACAGUGCGCAGUCGAAAUCGGCGUAGCUCUCAGACACAAAUGAACAUGGUCAACCUGACUCUGGAGAUGAAGCCCAGCAGUGCUGCGCCACGCCAGCUAACGCCACGCCAGCAAACGCCAAUGAAAUACUUCCAAGUGUCAUUUCCGGAGGGAGGCAGUCAGAUGAAAGCAGAGGCUGUGGACAUGGAGCCGCGCAGGACAGACUCUUCAGCAGCGGCUGCAGUUUCCACUGCAACGGCACUGACGUCAUCAAUGACAUCGUCAGCAGGCGCCGCCGCCACUCGUUCGCAGCCUGACUUGAGGUUGACCCGACAUCGUGUGGAGGCUGCCAGGAAGCGCUCGGCAGCAGGAGCUAUGGGUGCUGUGGCGGGCAUGCCACACAACGGCAACGGACACAACGCGACAGCAGCGGCGGACGGCUCAGCGAGCGACCCGAUGUCAAGUUCUCCAGCCAAAGUGAGCUGCCUGACGAGCGUCCUGCCCGAGGGCGAGGCGGCGGUGACGCUCGACGCCUCCGACAGCGACGUCGUUGCCUCCAGCUCCGUUCCUGCCUCGGGUGGCGGUCUGCCUUCGCCGAGCCGCAUCGUGCACUCCACCGUCAGCGUUGAUACCUCAUUAUCAUCGCCUCACCUCCCCGCCGCCGGUGGCUCGGCGGAUCCUGGCGGCAAGGUGCGCAGCGCGUUUGUCGUUCCCAUGGAGACCACCAGCGUCGCCACGUCCAGGUCUCGGGGCGGCAGCAAUUCAUACUCCGCUAGCGGCAACGGACAGCAGCACCAUACAACUGGCGGUGGUGUUGACGACGGUUCGCAGAUGGACGCCGAAGCUCUGUUCGGAAUGCACGUGGCGGCUACGAUGCGCCGCCUUCCAUGUCGUCACCGUUUCAACCUUCAACUUAGCAUUAGUCAGUGUAUAGCAGAGCUGCCGUGGAAUGAACUGGGUGAUAUGUAGUUUAGCACUACGUAAACCAGCAGAUUAGCAGCAAACAGUGCAUGGCGGAUCUGCCCUGGAGUCAGUAUGCAGUACGUCGCCGUGGAUGUAUGUACUGUGCUAGUGGUGUGCUGGUUCAGCCCGGUACCUCUGCUUUUUCAAGUUUUUCACCCAACUCAGCCGGGGGCUUUGUGACAGCCUCGGCUUGCUUUGGGACUGCCUCUGCCGUGUUGCCAUGCAAUGUCUUUCUAUUAUGACAAUAUCACAGAGAACAGAUACCGAUGAUUUCACCGGCUUAGUCUGCUCCUUGAUACAACUGUGCACUUGUCUGUGUUAUCGUUCUGUUCAGUGUUGUCUUGUUGAUCCUUGUAUCAUGGAACUGUUUUGAGUGUUCAUUUCA